AUGGUCAGAAUCUUCUAUAAUGGAAUGACACCAGACUCUAGAAUGGUUGUCAAUGGUGCAGCUGGUGGGACCAUAGCAAGGAAGACAGCAGCUCAAACUUUAGAGCUAAUCGACUUCAUGGCCAGGGCUGAGAACACAUCAAUGACAGUUCAACCAGUUCAACCAAGAAGGAGAAUCCUGCAGUUGGGACACAAUGAUGCAUCACUUGCAGAACAAAAGAUCUUAUCUCAACAGAUAGCUAGUCUGAAUGCAAAGUUGGACAAGUUGCAACUCUCUACAACUCAAGUUGACUCAUUUAACUGUGAGUAUUGCAAGGGAGAGCAUGAGACCAACGAAUGCCCAACACUUGUAGGAGUUGAUUCCUUCCAAGUUAAUGGAGUCUGGUAUGAUCCAAGACCACAACAGAAUUUCCAGAGAAACCAACACAAUACUCCAGGAAACAACUUCCAAAGGAGAAUUCAAGGGGGAGGUUUGGAUUACAAAUCCAGCAAUUAUUUACAACCUCCUCCUAUUCCACUUAAGGAGCCAUUCGAACUGGAGAAACUGGUGGAGACCAUGGCUUCAACUACCAAUGUUUUCUUUCAAGAGACAAGAUCAAAUUUCAAGACUCAAGAAGCAUCAAUCAAGAAUCAAGAGGCUUCAAUCCGAAAUCUUGAGACUCAGAUUGGACAGUUGGCCAAGCAAUUGAAUGAAAGAGCUCCAGGAACAUUCUCCAGUGACACUAUAAUCAACCCAAGGGAGCACUGCAAUGCCAUCAUUACUAAAAGCGAAGAUCUAGAAAAAGUGGAAGCUUCUACGAGGAAGAAUGAGCACACUCAAGAAGACAAGGAAGAAGCAAAUGAAAGCUCUGGAGAAAAUGCCUUCGUAUGCAAAGUUCCUGAAGGAAUCAUUGUCUAA